GUGGCGCGGCUGAUUGGGGAGCAGUUUCUACAGCACAACGAGAUACAAUAACAGUAGAGUUAAGUAAACAAUGGCCUCGACCGUGUUGACAUCAACAACGCAGUUGGCGAUUGAGGCGGCAUUUAUGGAGGAGGCUGCUGUUGUUGCCAUGUUCGAAGAGGAGGGGACUGUGCUGGAAUGGGUGCAGAUGCACAGGCAGCAGAUGGACGAGAUUUAUGCGUUGCUUAUUCAGCAUCAGCACAAUAUUCCAGCGGAUCUUCUGGAGGAGGUGGAGGAGCUAUCCGGUGGCUGGGAGGAGGAGCUCCAUGAAAGCCUUCCUUCGCAACGGUUGGGUGCCAUCGAAAACGCACGGGUGAUGAUGGAGUUGCGGGGUUGUUCUCAAGUGCUGGGGGAAGUGAAGGGAAUCCUUGUACAGCUGAGGGAACGACAGCGGGACGCGGGGGCUGAGGAGGGGCAGGUGCUGCGUUCGUCGUCAGGCUCUUGGAGUGAAGCGGACACUUCCAUUUCGGCUGCCUUCCUUAUUGAGGAGGUGGUGAUUUGCCGCGGGAAGCCUGAGGAGGGGCAGGGAGCUCACGGCGAAUUGGACAAGUGUUUGCUUGCUGGCGACGAGGAGUGCUUUCGAUCGGAGGAGGGGGCUAUUACCAUGCGUGAGAACUGCAACAACAACAACAACAACAACAACAACAACAACAACAACAACAACAACAACAACAACAACAGUAACAACAACAACAACAACAUCGAUAACAAGAAGGCCAACAACAACACCAGCAGCCACGAAGCAGGGAUUGUGGGCGCCAGCAUAAUUGUUGGCCAUGUCACUGGCACAGUCGUGCAAAUUGCGACUUCGUGUGCGCUAGAUUACAAUAACAAGAACAACAACAACAGCAACAACACAAAUGACAUUAACAAUAUCAACAACGUCGAUAUGGUAAGUGUGGUGGGGGUUUCCGCAGCGAAUUCCGCUCUCUCCCCCUCUCCCUUUUCUCCUCCACUGUCCUAUCUCCAUUGCAAGCGUGCUGACGAUUUGGGGGGAGGGCGAGAGGGCUGUUCGGGUGGUUCGCCCUGCAAAUUGGAUGGGUGUGGGGGACAGCUGCGGGUGGGAUGGGUGCGUGAGGGGGUGGGUUAGAUGUUGGGUAGAUAUUGCAUCGCUUUACCUCGCCUGAUUGUGGCCACGUGGAACAAUCAGUCUUAGCCACGUGCUAACAGUGUGCGAGGCAUUUGGGCCUGCGACCGUGAGGUCUGGCUUCUUGUUACGUGGCGGGGAUAGGAAGUGCCGGGUGAAGAGGCACUAAGGUUUGACUCAGUUGGAUUCCGCCACGUGGCUUCUAGGUUUUCUGUUUUUAGGGAGCCCUGCUCUGAUUCCCCCUUCUGCUCACGGUGCUGUAUGGUAUUUGAAUGCUUGAUGAGUAUUCCAGGGUAGGGCAUGAAUUCCGGCUUGGGUGGGCAGUCAAUCCCCUCUAUUGAGGGUAAUCAAUGCUGUUCACUACU